UAGUCUAUAAGAUUAGACUGAGUUCUGAGCCAGGGUAUGCUUAUCAUGAUGGAUCCUGGUCUACAGAUCUUGUGUUUCCUCCUGACAAAAAAGAAAUUGGACCCCGAGAGAGUCGAGCUGUUUGUGGUGGAAAUCCUGGCUUCUUGGCAAUCCAGCAAGCAGUUUUUGAUUCUCUGACGUUUGAGUUUAUGGCUAGGGAAGCUCAAGAAAAAUAUCAGGCUACAAAUAUUUUGUUGCGUCGACAUCCUUACCCACCAUACAAAGUAGACUAUUUUAAUGUGGCUCUCCAACAAGACUUACCUUUCUUUAUGAUGCUAAGUUUUAUAGUCCUUGUGCUGGGAAUGGUGCGAGAUAUUGUAUUAGAGAAAGAAAGGCGACUAAAGGAAACCAUGAAGAUGUUGGGAAUCAGUAACUGGCUGCAUUGGGUGGCCUGGUUUACAAAACACUUCCUUUUCCUUCUGAUAACUGUCACAAUCAUGACCUUAUUUCUAUGUGUGGAGGUGGAUGCCAGCACAGGAAGUGCUAUUGCACAGACUGGCUCAGCAGUCGUAUUUAUUUACUUUCUGUGCUUCUCUGUGGCCACAAUCACAUUUUGUUUUGCGGUCAGUGUUUUCUUUUCCAGAGCAAACAUUGGAGCAGCUGCUGGGGGGAUUUUAUUUUUUUGCUUCUACGUCCCAGUUCUCUUUGCACAAAAUAAAUAUUCAUCAUUAUCAUGGACAUCUAAAGUGUUGGCAUGCCUAGAUUUCCAAGUAGCCAUGUCGUUUGGUGCAACAUUGCUGUCAGCAUUUGAGCUCAAUGGAGAAGGCAUCCACUUUGACAACUUGUCUAAAGGUGUGUCUGUAGAUGAUGGCUUCUCAAUGCUGACAGUGCUGAUCAUGCUUCUGGUUGAUUCUCUCAUCCAUUGCUUCAUUGCCUGGUAUGUGGAAGCAGUCUUCCCAGGAGAGUAUGGUGUGCCACAGCCUUUCUACUUUCUUUUUCUUAAUUUUAGACAAAGAUUCAAGUGUGGGGCAAAAUCCUGCCAUGUUUGA